ACAAAUAAAAUUCAUUUUCCUAUUUUCCAUGAAUGUUCUGGCUCUAAGGCGCUUCCUUUGUUCCCCUUUAUAUAAGACUUCCCCUUUCACUCCAACGCCAAAUCAAUUCACACCCAUUUUUCCUCGUCGCCCAAAGUUCACAUCUUUGCACGCAAUUCACCCUAUCUCUCUCUUCUCUUCCCCCAUGGCUACUUGUGUUGAUGCUUCAACCCCUCUUUCUCGGAAGCCAAACGGGUCCCAACCUGAUGAUCAUUCCUUUAACUAUGUAAAAUUUUGCAGACCCAGUUUCUCUGAUCGUGUUUCCUGCGUGCCCAUUUGCAAGAAUCGUGACAAGCCCUUGCACACACAUGUGGAGGAGUUGGAACUUGAUGAGGUUGAGGUUGAUCUGUGGUUGAAGAUUCAGGAUGAGGCAAGGUUAGAUGUAGAUCAAGAACCCAUUUUGUCUAGCUACUAUUUAAGCUCUAUCUUGUCUCAUAAAUCGUUGGAAAGUGCCUUGGCCAAUCACCUCUCUAUCAAUUUGAGCAAUAUGAGCCUUCCUAGUAGUACCCUUUUUGAUAUUUUCAUAAGUGUUUUGAUGGAUGAUGAAAAUAUCAUAGGUGCUGUGAAAGAUGAUUUGAGAGCAGUGAAGGAGAGGGACCCGGCUUGCAUAAGUUAUGUGCAUUGUUUGUUGAAUUUCAAAGGUUUUCUGGCAUGCCAAGCUCAUAGGAUUGCUCACAAAUUGUGGUUACAAGGGAGGAAGGUUUUAGCACUCUUGAUCCAGAAUAGGGUAUCGGAGGUUUUUGCUGUGGAUAUUCACCCUGGAGCCAAGAUUGGACAUGGAUUUUUGCUUGAUCAUGCAACUGGACUUGUGGUGGGAGAGACUGCAAUUAUAGGAAAUAAUGUUUCAAUUUUGCAUAAUGUGACAUUGGGAGGGACUGGCAAGGCAUCUGGGGAUAGACAUCCAAAAAUUGGGGAUGGAGUGUUGAUAGGUGCAGGGACUUGUAUUUUGGGAAAUAUUAAGAUUGGUGAUGGGGCUAAGAUUGGUGCUGGUUCUGUGGUUUUGAAAGAAGUGCCACCAAGAACUACUGCUGUUGGGAACCCAGCCAGGUUGGUAGGAGGAAAAGAUAACCCCAUUAAAUUGGAUAAGAUGCCUAGUUUUACCAUGGACCAUACUUCAUAUAUUUCUGAGUGGUCUGAUUAUGUUAUAUAGAGGCUAAUUAUGUAACAUGCUUUAGAGUUUUGUAUUUAGUUUGAGUUAUUUUGGUUUAGGAUUCUUGUUUUUUAUGCAAGAGAGAAUCCAAGUUCUCCUGCUAACAACAAGGUAUCCUUUAAAUGAUGAUAAUAGAUUGGCAGAAUAGUGUCAUGUAGAAAAUUAAUGAAUAUGUAGUGCUGUGUUGUUGUAUGGUGCCAUGACAACCCUUUAUAUAGCGUUUAUGAUAUGAAUUUUGCUUG